GACAGUUAGUUCGGAUUCGCGAGGUUCUGGUUCAUCACGUUCUUUUUGGCUUCUGCCGGAAACCUCACAUAAACAAAUGGGACCAAAGUUGAAGCCCUUAAAGAAGGGACCUAUUGACAAAUUUUUUAAGAAAAAGACAGACGACGAGAAUGGGGGAAGCAGUCAACUUCCUGUUCAAGAGCCCUGUGAUGAGUUGCCGACCCCUCAUGGGUCUACAUCACCUCUUGUCCAAAACCAGAUGGGAUCGACUCCAGGCCAGAGCAAGCCUUUGGAUACACAGGACAAGGAGCCGCAUGAAACUCAUUCUUUUACGUGGCGCUUUGACAAGAAAACCAGAAACCUUACCUGCACUAAAGCAGGAACCAUUGAGGAGUCGCUUAAGAGAAGUCAACAGUUUACAGAAAUCGCAGGAAAUAAUCAAAACAAAGAGCUUGUUAUUGUAAAAGAUGGAAAAGCUAUCAGUUCACACUUUCCAUGCUGCUUAAUUAAAGGUACACGACUGACUGUCAUGUUUCUUAAAGCUGUUAAAGCUGUUGACGAGAAGAAACCAGUUCGUGUCCCUGUUCAUUACCAAAGAAAGAGGUCGUCUGGCGAUCUUGUGACGUUUCAUUUACGGACGAGGGGAGAUAAAAAUGUAGCGAAUAUCAUAAGAAACCCAGCACUGAAAACAGAAAUUCAGGAAAUGACUGUUUAUGCAUACAAAGGUGAAAAAGUGAAGCAAGCUCUAAGAAGAGAUGGUCGUUUACUGAAAACUGUAUUCAAAAAGAACUGCGAGCUAUACACAAACACUGAUUCAAUCACUGAAAUGUCCGAUCUAGUCAAUAAUUAUGAUGGUGAAAGUUUCACGAUCAGACUGGUCAAUAAGUUAAAUCUACCAGAAAGUCAGGCCUGGCAGUCUUGAUGAUGAUUACAUGACGCAAAAUGA